CGAUGAUACAGUAACAACAAAGCAUCGAUGGGGAAAAAACAGAGCGUCGAAUCUAGCGGCGGAGGCGGAGGAGAGAUAGUAUCGGAUUCUUCGCCGUUUGAUUCCUUGCCCGAAGAAUGCAUCCCCAACAUAAUCUCUUUCACAAGUCCACGCGAUGCAUGCGUCGCUGCUUCGAUUUCGAAAACCUUUGAAUCGGCGGUGAAAUCAGAUUUCGUAUGGGAGAAGUUUAUUCCGCCGGAUUAUGAAUCUCUGGUUCCUCGAUCGCGGGAAUUCUCAUCGAAGAAGGAGCUCUAUUUCGCUCUAUGUAACGAUCCUCUUCUAAUCGAUGAUGGCAAAAAGAGCAUCUGGUUAGAGAAAGCAAGUGGGAAGAGAUGUAUCAUGUUAUCAGCUAUGAAUCUCUCAAUGGUAUGGGGAGAGGAGCGUCACUAUUGGCAAUGGAUUCCAAUUCCUGAAUCUAGGUUUGAAAAAGUACCGGUGCUUAUCGGUGAUUGUAGGUUAGAGAUUCGUGGCAGAACGAAUACUCGUGUCCUAUCUCCAAGAACUCGUUACUCGGUCUACAUUGUGUUCAUGGAAUCGGAUCAAUGUUAUGGCUUCGCGGAUGUGGCAGUAGAAGCUGAAGUUGGAAUGGUGGGACAUGAACCUUCUAGAAGAUUCAUAUGUUUUGAUAAAGCUAUGAAUGGGCAGUUUAUAACGAGAGACGGUGGAAGGAGGGACGUUGUGAAACCAAAGGAGAGAGAAGAUAGGUGGAUGGAGAUAGAGCUUGGGGAAUUCUUCAAUGAAGGAGGAUUGAUGAAUAGUGAUGAAAUUGAGAUGAGUGCCUUAGAGAAUAAGCGUAUCACUUGGAGGGGUGGCUUGAUCAUUCAAGGAAUUGAAAUCCGACCUGCGAAAAGUCCUUUAAAGUAAUAAUGCGGCGAAACACUCCGAUCAAACUGCUCAUCUAUUGGUGUUAUUGUCAAAUGGUGGAGUGAAGAGGUAAAUUCCAGUUGAUAAAAAGUGUAUUCAGUUGUGUUUGUUGUAAUGAUUGGUUCCAUUAGAGUUUAUGUGGUAAACAACUUACUUUACUAGUUGCUAGAUGGAAAUUUUGCGAAACAUGCACAUUGAUGCAAAGAAUUGCAUAUAUAAGAGGAACUCCAGAGAGAGUCAGAAGUC